CCCUGAACCUGUUUUCUCCUCGCAGCCUGACCACACGAUGACCAGGUGGGCUCUGCUGGUGCUGAUGGUCCUGGCAUUGGGCAGGACUCUGCUUGUCCCAGCAACUCCUAUCCCAGGCUUCCAGCUCCUCCCUCAGAACUUUCCCCAGGCCACUCCCCACCCUGUGGCCUCGGAGAGCCCUUCAGCCAGCACCACAGGCCCCUCCACUGCUUGGGGCCACCCCGGCCCUGGCCCCCGCCCUGGCCCCUGCAUCACCCUCUCGCUGGAUGUCCCCCUUGGCCUCCUGCAGAUCUUACUGGAGCAGGCCCGGGCCAGGGCAGUGAGGGAGCAAGCUGCUGCCAAUACCCACAUCCUGGCCCAUGUUGGCCGCCGCUGAGCCUGAGGGAGGGGAUCACAAUGAUGGAGCCAGCGUGGAUGGGGAGACCUGCAAGGUAGCGGCAGAGCUGGACGGUACUACAUCUGGGC